UCCUGUGGACUUUAAUCUGAGUCUUUUGAGUUUACUUCCUGAUUCAUGUACAGCAUUUUGUCUCCUUAAAAAACAGUGUAACACAUACACGCACACACCCAGUGUGAGGACAAACAAGAAGAGCAGCUCAACAGCCAGGUCUCUGAGCAGGAGAGAAGUUAAUAAUCUUCCUGUUUCUCUCCCGGGAAAAGGCCGGCGUAUCCCUGCAGGGUGAAGAUGUUCAACAGCGGCAGUUCAUACAGUUAUGCAGACUCAUUGCAUUCCAGCUACUCUUUAGAUGACACAUCCUCAGAGAGCUCCAGUUUAUCACGACCCAGCGCUAAAGCCAUCUACAGUGAGUCUACAAAUGCACACACAAACACACAUACGAUGUGUGUUCAGGUUUUUAUUUGUGCGCGUGUGUGUGUGUGUAGUGCGCAGGAAGGAAUAUGCCGAGUCCAUCAACAAACAGCUGGCCAAGUUUCAGUACCGAGUAGAGCACCUGUUCACCUGUGAGCUGGAUGGUGUGGAAGUCUCGGGACUGCAGGACUGUGUGGAGCGGCUGAAGCUGUUGGAGACGAUGGGUCGUGUGUGGGGACAGGAAAUGAACCUGGAAGUGGAAAAUGAAAAUUUGCUGCUGAGAGACAUUGAAACUAAAGAGGAGUUGGACUGUGUUCCUCUGCUCAGUGUGUCGGAGGUGACAGCGAUGUUGGACACGUGUGUGUAUAACUCUCUGCUGAUGAUCUCAGUGUGUGAGCGACAGGUCGUCAGUGUCUUCAUGUUCCAGUGCGACUCUCUGAGAGCUGAUUAUAUCAAACGAGAUCUGGACCGAGCAGUACAGAACACCAACACCACCAACGACAGGGGGCGACUCAGGACCCAGAUGAUGAAAAAUAACAGAAACACACACUCCCCUCCAGAACAGAGAGAAUUGACUCCUCCUGAAGAAUGGGUUGUUCCAGAUUAUGAUCAGACUCCGCCUCCAACUCCAGCUUCAACCAGAAGUAGACAAGAGCCAGUCUACAAUAGAACUGCAUCACUGACUCCACCCCCUAACUCAGAGAACACACCCAAACAGCCAAACCCACCUACUGCCCCUAGCCACGCCCCCUACACAGAGAGAGACAGGAAUGUGGACAUCCUGAAUCACCUCAUUAAUGACAUCGAGCAGUUUGUGGAUCUCGUUCUCGCUGCAGUUCCGAAAGUUGACAAGAAGAAGAAAAAGAAGAAGAAGACUCAGAAAGGAUUACCCUCAGAGGAAGAGUUUAAAAUUUGCCUGCAGAAAAUCAAAAUGGCCUUCAACCUGUUGGCAACAAUGAACGGUCAGAUUCAGUCCCCCAGUGCACCAGAGCUCACACACUGUCUUUUCUCCACACUGGAAGUGGUAGUGAGUCGGUGUGCAGAUGAUCUCCCUGCGUGUGUAGUUGCACCGUUGUUGGAGCCGGAGUGUGUGCGCUUUCUGAGUGGGGAGGCAACACAGGAGGAGGACCAGCUGUGGCAGUCACUAGGAGACGCCUGGAACAUCCCCAGGACUCAGUGGCCAGAGGAUGAUGAUGAGAUUCCAACCUUCACUCCGGUUUUUGACGAUGGUUGGGAGCCACCGGAGAUCACAUACACUGAGAGGAAAACGUUCAAUCGCCAGGAGAGCCAGCAGUCCACCACGGGGCAGAGCAUUAUAUCUUUUCAGACGGCAAAUAGGAGCUCUGAGGACGUCCCAGCGAGCUGUAUGCGUGUGCUGUAUGACUUCAGAGCGAGAAACGACCGAGAGCUCAGUGUGAGGAAGGGCGAGAUGGUGGAGAUUUUGGACAUGUCUAAGCAAUGGUGGAAAGUGAGGAAUGAUUGUAGUGAAGAGGGUUUCAUUCCAAAUAAUGUCCUGAGGUCCACUGAGAAUGAAGACACACAGGGGGCGGAGCCUAACCCGGUCCUGACCAGGAAGUCUCGGCCGGAGGAAGUAAAGGUCUGGCUGGAGCACAAAGAGUUCAGCAACAUCACUGUGCGCUGCCUUGGGGGUCUCAGCGGCGGGAUGUUGUUGGGGAUGACGUUAGAGGAGUUGAAGAUUGUUUGCCCAGAGGAAGGAAGACGAGUGUUUUACCAACUACAGAACGUCAAAUCAGCACUAGCUCUCGCCAAAGAAGUGAGUCUGCUGAACUGAGAGUUCAAAAGGAGAGAAACUACACCACAAUGAAGAAAACACACACACGAGUGUGUAGUUAGUACGUUAGAUGUGUAUAAUACUGAUUGUGUGUACAUGUUACCUGCAUGCACCCUGCUUUACUUAUUUAAACACCUGAGUGUUUUUGACUGGGUUUACCUGUACAUACCUGGAGAAGAAUUUACACUGGUUCAUCUCAGGGUUUGUCCUGUUUAUAUUCUUUAAAAUUCUAAGGAUUAUAAUAAAUAUCAACAUUAUUAAAAUUAUGAACAGAAAACCUACCAAUUGUGCACAUUUCUGUCUGAUGAGCAGAUGAACCCAUGCUUUAGAUUCCAACAGUACCUGUCCGUCCAGGUGUGACAGACACACAUCAUCAUAAAUUGGAGGUGUGACGACGGCAACAAAUGAAACAUUAAACAACUAAAAUAAACUAUCGUGUGUGAAGAAAUGUUACAUACGAUGACUCCAAUGCCAUCGCACCUCUGAGUAAACACAUAACAUUAUAGCCAAUCAAAUUAAGUGUGUGUGUGUGUGUGUGUGUGAGAAAGAGAGAUACUGAAAUAAAUCAACCUUUGGAAAUGUAAAGAUUUUAUAAAAAAUGUAAUUAUGUAAACAAAAGAAUAUACACAGUUAUCAUAAUGUAAAUAAAUUAAAUUAUUAUAAUGAACACAGUAAAAGUGUUGGUGUUUGUGUUCGCUAACGAUUAGCAACAGGACCGGUGUUUAUUUCACACAUACACACACACACACACACAUAUAUAUAUAUAUAUAUAUAUAUAUACACACACACACACACACACACUUCCAGUCUGCUAAAACGAGUUUUCUUCAUUCGUAUAAUUUUAGAAUAAUAAUGAAUAAUUUUCACUAUAAAAUUACACACGUGGAAUGUUGUGACUGAUAAACAUGUUAAGCUCAAAUGCUUUGAUGUUUUAAUUGAAAAGCAUCUGCAUCUUCUUACCCAGCUUCAUCAGGAGCUUCACCCAGGACAUGUUUCUUAAACUUCACAAAUAACCUGAGCUCCUCACUGCUCCUAAUACUGCUCUUAUACAAACACCACCAAACACCUAAAAUACAACAUAGGUCUUACUAUAUAUUCCACUGUAUACGUGUAAACUGUGACUUUUAUACUUUAUAUGAUUAAAAUUACAUAUCACUACUGUCUAAACAUAACUUGUGUAUAUUGAAGAAACACAAAACCACUACAGACACAGAGAGAGAAGAGAGAUUGAGAGAGAGAAACAAGAGAGAGAAAGAGAGAGAGAAGGAGAAGAGAGAGAGAGAGAGAGAGAGAGAGAGGAGAAGAGAGAGAAGGGAGGGGACGAGAGAGAAGGAGAGAGAGAGGAGUAGAGAGAAGGAGGGGG